GCCCGGCCAACGGUGAGUAAACGUAUGAGUCCGACGGAUAUUCGGGAUAUUCAGCGGUUCGUCGAGCGUUAUCGGUAAUUCUCGCCAGUCGCCACAGUGAUAGCAGUACCUUAAUAGUAUAUCAUAUCAUAAUUUUCACCGUCAUACCGUAUCAACGCGAGUGUUUAAGUAAUACCGAAACAAUUACUAAUUAGUAAUUAGUAGUUACUAGUUAGUACAUCAAUAGUCUCCUGACUAUCAACAGGUCUCGUAGUAUUUUUGUGAAUUUCAACAUUAUCGUUUACAUCCAACUUACAUCGUUCGAUUCCAUAAAAAAUAUUGUCGUUUUCGUCCUACACCUCUUUUUUAAUAUUUGAAAAUGGCUGAUCCCGGAUUUCCUAGUCAACAUACCACAACUACUACAGUCACCAAUACUGAAAUUAUCUCAAACCUGAGAUAUGACAAUGCAUAUCUAUACACACUUGAAGGAAAACUGAAAAUUGCCCAAAUUGUGUUUGUUUUAUUAAGUCUUAUAGCAGUGUCAUUCUCUACGUACAGUAUGUGGUAUCAAAAUAGCGCUGUUACAUCAAUAUCAAUGUUUGGAUUUUGGUUUUCUUUAUUCAUGUUGGUAUUCUAUAUAUUUCAUGUGGUCGAAUGCUUUUAUAAAAUACCAUGGCUUAAAAUUGAGAUGAUUUUUGAUGUUUGCUGGCCAAUACUCUACCUUUUAUCAGCAUCCUCUGCAGCGGCUUAUACUGGGUUGCAUUUUAGCUACAUGAUAAGUUUGUUAUUUGGAUUUGCUGCGAUGUUUGCAUAUGGAUAUGAUGCUUUAUUGAAAUAUCAAGCAAUACAACGCGGAGAAAUUGCACAAGGAAAUAUAGCAGUUCAUAAACAAACAACCACAUCAACAGCAUCAUACUGAUAUACACAAUAAUCAAAUAGUAUUAAUCCGUUUUCUGUUUACUAAUUUAAACAGUUCAUCACUUUUUACCAUAUUUAUUUUACUAAUAUUAAUAUAUGAUAAUACUUUUUAAUCAAACAUCACAAUCAUUUUUGUUAUAAAUUAAUAUAUUUUAAUAUUUAUACUAACAUAUAUUUUUUUGAAUGACAUUUUAUAGCUAUUUUUUAAAAUAAUUAUUUCUAUGCCACUAUAAAAUAUCAUAAUUUUCCAAGAGCUGAUUUUGGUAUAUGGUUCACUGUAGAAUAUGUAUUAGUAAAAAAUGUUACAUUAUUGUUUUAUUAAAUGAUAUUAUAAUUGAUUAUUAUAUUAACCUUAAGAAAAGUAUAAAACAAAUAUUAAUAACUCAUAAAAAUAUUUUAUUGUCAGUUCAUACAGUAAACAAACUACUUAAACCAUUUAAUUGAAAAUCUUAUAAUAAUGUAAACAUUAAACUUUUACAAGUAAAUCUAUCAAAGCCUCACUUAAUUUAAAUACAUUUUAUGCCGGUUACCUAAGUCAUAGUAAACA